AUGAACAUGAUCCCAAGCCAACAGGCCCAGCCCAAGCGCUCGUGGGCUAGCCUGCGCACAUCAAGAAAACAAUGCAGAGCUACACAACUCCACCCUCGCUAUGAUCGACUCUUUCCAGGAGAGCCUGUCGCCAUCGACACCGAGAUGGUCAACCACUCUAUACACAAGGGCAAAAAGUACAAGAGAGUUGGUCGAGUUAGUGUAACCAACAUGUCUGGCGAGACAGUUCUUGACACCUUCUGCUACUACCCAGAGCAAGUUGGUCUCACCAUAUCCUUCGAUCUACCCAUAUUUGGUGUCGAGUACGGCGACAUCCAACCCGAAAACGGUGCCCAGCCUAUUGCAGAUAUUGUGCUGUGGCUUACGAAGAUCUGCAAGGACAGACCGGUCGUAAUGCAUGAUGUGCACAGCGACUGGAAUGCAUUCGGGGAGCAUGUCGCCGACAUUUUCGGCCGCAGCGACAUGAUUGACACACAGAGUCGCAGUCUCUACGGAAAACGCAACCUGCCUUCAUUGACGCUUGAACACCUCAACAAGGAUAUCCAAGGCAUCUUCCACAGCUCCGUCGAAGAUGCCCAAGCAACAGGAGAGCUGUGGGUCCUAGCCACUGGAUACGACCGAGAUGCCCAUUUCGCGGCAUACAUGCGCGAUGGGGAGAUGCCAGCCGAAGAGUUGCACAAGGUAUACAAGGCUUUUCUCAAGAAGCGACCCCAACAGCCUGUGAUACCAGAGACCAUCAUCCCGGAAGCGCCCGCCGAAUAUCUCGAGGCAAAACCAACUGCUGAGCCGCCAUACCCAAGCUUGACGGUCAAAAGCAACGAGACCAAAGUACUUGGCUCCAGUGGUCAAGCAAGCCAGACAACUGUCCUCCAGCCUCAGAAGAGCACGUGGGCAUCUAUUGCCGCAAAGCCUAAGCCGCAGACAGCCACUUGGACGCGGUUUGCUGCGAACAGCAAAGCAGCCAAGAACCCUCGAAUCAACGAGCAAUGGUAG